ACGGGCUAUGGAAAUUUAAUAACGAAGAGUUUGGUAGCAGGUUCCGUUUCUUGACUUGUAAUUGAAUGGUUCUUCUGUUUCUGAAUUUUGAUUUGCAAACACAGAGAUCGCUUCUUCAAAACCCCAACACAGAGAGGGAAUUGAAUUGAUGCAGUUGUUGUGCUGAGCAUAGGCACUCAUGUGCAACUGCGUGUGCAAUUGCAAUUGCAAUGCAGAAAUCACGUGAAGCUCUUCUCCAAAGAAGAAGAAGAACAACAACAUCAACCCACGCUAAAACUGCCUCCGGGUGUGCAGUUUCCCUCUCUCUGCUUUUUCUGUUGUGGACUCUGAUCUUCCUCUUAAGCUUAUGGAUCAGUCGCGGCCAUGGUUACACCCCCAAUCCCACAGAUGGAUCUGAAGAAUACUCAGUUCCUUUACCGAAUUGGGAGGAAGAUAAGCUUGGACAGUGUAAGAGCUCUGAUUCUGCUGAGAAAGGUUUGGUCGAAGAAACCAUUGCAUACAUUGCCCCUGAGGCUUUACACUCUGAAGAUGCCCAGACCAAUGGUUUUGUUACCGAGUCACUCCCCAAUGAAGAAACGCGUGAUUAUGCUGAACAUGGUACUUGUAAUAAGCAAGAUUGUGAUACUCCUAUUACCGAGGUACACGAAGUUGAAAGUGGUAAUUCUUCGGCCAGACUCGAAGAUCAUGUGCAAAAAUCUGAUCAUUUAUCUUGGACUGUGCCUCUUGGUCUUGAUGAAUUUAAGAGCAGAGCAAUUAGUUCAAAAAUUAAAUCUGGCACUGGUUCAUCUGGAAGUGUAAUGCAUAGAGUGGAGCCUGGUGGUGAAGAAUACAAUUAUGCUUCAGCAUCAAAGGGAGCAAAAGUUUUAGGUUCUAACAAAGAAUCCAAAGGUGCAUCUAAUAUCUUAAGCAGAGACAAAGAUAAGUAUCUACGAAAUCCAUGUUCUGUUGAACAGAAAUUUGUCAUUAUAGAACUUUCCGAAGAAACCUUAGUAGAUACUAUAGAAAUAGCUAACUUUGAGCACCAUUCUUCAAAUUUAAAAGCUUUUGAACUUCUUGGCAGUAUGAGCUUUCCAACAGAUGGUUGGGUUUUCCUUGGGAAUUUCACUGCCUCAAAUGUGAGGCAUACUCAAAGGUUUGUUCUUCAGGAACCAAAAUGGGUGAGAUAUUUAAAGCUGAAUCUUCAAAGUCACUAUGGUUCUGAAUUUUAUUGCACGCUUAGUGUGGUUGAAGUUUAUGGUGUGGAUGCUGUUGAGAGGAUGCUGGAGGAUUUGAUAAAUACUCAAGAUAAUAUGUUCGCUCCCGGGGAUGGUAAUACUGACAAAAGGACAGUAUCACCCCAGCAUUCUAAUCCUUCAGAGACUGAAGAUGUUCAUAAAAAUAAUUUUGGAGGGAUUAAUUCUGAUCAUGCUUCAGAUAUCUCUUCUUCAAAUCAUGAGAAAGUAAACACCAUCAUUCCUGAUCCAGUUGAAGAAACCCGUCAACAAGUUGGCAGGAUGCCUGGGGAUACUGUUCUCAAGAUUCUGAUGCAGAAAGUUCGAACUCUAGACUUAAAUUUGUUUGUUCUGGAGCAGUAUAUGGAUGACUUAAAUUCUAGAUAUGUCAAUAUUUUCAAGGAGUACAGCAAAGACAUGGGAGGAAAAGAUAUACAUAUACAGAAUAUCAAAGAAGACAUUAAGAAUCUCAUUGAGCAGCAGGAUGCUAUCACAAAAGAUGCUCGUAAUCUCAAAUUCUGGAAGGCUCAUAUUUCCAUGCAGUUGGAUAAUCUAGUCAGGGACAAUGCUGCUUUAAGGUCCGAGGUGGAUGAAGUCCGGAGGAAGCAAGCAUCUUUAGAAAACAAGAGUGCGGCAGUGUUUUUCGUGUGUUGUAUUUUUUCAUUGCUAGUUAUAUUUCGGCUUUCUCUGGAUAUGGCUACUACUGUCUAUAGAGUACUAAGUGUUAAUACAACAGAUUACUCUGCAAAAUUUUGUGCCAUUAGCUCUCCGUGGUUUCUCCUAUUUUUGAAUUGUAUCAUUAUUAUUUUUAUAUUAAUUUUGUGAUAGUCCAAUUUUUAAA